CCAUUUCUAGGCGUUCUCUUUCUCUCUCUACUUUCUCUCUCUAACCUUCUCUCCAAUUGGAGAUCAAAGGAGUUGUAUUCUUUCUUUAUAAUCUCUCUCUCUUCUCCUCUUUUAAUCUCCUUCAUUUCUCCCUCCUCUUUCUCUUUCUCUCUCCAUUUUUAGCAACCCCCAUUUUCUUCUUUUUCUAAGUUUAGAACAAUUACAAAAAAGGAAGCUUUUUUUUUGUAUAUUCUUAAACCAAAAAAACAGGGGAGAAAAAACAGGGGAUUGUUGAUUUUUAUCUUCAUUUUUGUAGGGUUUUUUAGAAAUUAAAUUGUGGGUAUUUCUGGGUUUUUGUUGAAUUGAAAUGGGUCGUGGUAAGAUUGAAAUAAAGAAGAUCGAAAAUGCAAAUAGCAGACAAGUUACAUUCUCGAAACGUCGUUCUGGGUUGCUUAAAAAAGCUCAUGAACUUGCUGUUCUUUGUGAUGCUGAGGUUGCUCUUAUCAUCUUCUCUAGUACUGGAAGACUCUUUGAGUUUUCUAGCUCUAGCAUGAAGCGAACAAUUGCAAGGUACAAGAAUGCUCUGGAAACUUCUGAUGUUUCAGUGGGAAAACCAAAGCUUCAGCAGAUCGAAGAUUUGAAGGAGAUUGAUAGUCUGAAAGAUGAAAUAUCUAGGCUCCAAGUGAAACAAAUGAGGCUGCUGGGUAAAGAUUUGUCAGGCUUGAGCAUGAAAGAAUUGCAGCAGCUGGAAAAGCAACUGAAUGAAAGCUUACUGUCCAUCAAAGCUAAGAAGGACCAAUUACUGAUGGAUCAACUAGAGCAUUCACGCGUACAGGAGCACAGGGCCAUGCUAGAGAAUGAGACUCUACGCAGACAAAUUGCUGAGCUUAGAGGAUUUCAUACACCAUCUGACCGCCCUGAACCUAUGUAUCUUGAGUACUAUCCCAUAGCAGCAAAGGUUUCCUCUGAGACAGUUGCGACUUCAGGUUCUGAUGCAAUCUGCAACAGUGAGUACGACAAAACAGAUUCGGAUGUUACCUUGCACCUAGGGCCACCAUGUGACAGCAUUCGAAAGAGGAAAGCAACUGAGAGCGACUGUGGAAGUCCAGCAGCUUCUCCUUGAUCAUCUUUCUCUGCCUUAUUGCUAGCUGCUGCUCAAUUGGCACCAGAUAUAGCACGUUUUGGUAAUAUAUUAUAGCCAGCAGGAUAUCUAUGGCACUUAGUCGACAACUUGACAUCAUAUAUUAAAUAAGUUGUAAAUAUUUAGAUAACUACUUUUAGUAUCGAAUAGUCUACUCCUCUUCAGACGAAGAGCUAUCUGUAUGUCAUACAGAAAGAGCUUUAUCAAAGCCUAUGUGAAUGAUAUAUUAGAAUGUCA